CUCCAGGAACCAGCUGAGCACACAGCUGGACCCAGCAGAGCCGUCUCCAGCGCGCCGCAGCAGUGUUGCGGUCCCUUCUGGCCUGGAGAAGAAACUUCAGGCUGACCGUCGACGCCUUUUUGAGUGAUUAGAAGCCUCCAUCACUUUUCAGGUUCUGCCAACACUCCUCUCCCAGUGCCCGGCAGCUGCCACAGCAUCUCCUCCCGGAGUGGCUGUCUUCUUGCACAGUUCUGAAAGCCCGGCACCAUGGUGGUGGAGCAUCCUGAAUUCCUUAAGGCAGGGAAGGAGCCUGGCCUGCAGAUCUGGCGUGUGGAGAAGUUUGACCUGGUGCCCGUGCCCCCCAACCUCUAUGGAGACUUCUUCACGGGUGAUGCGUACGUCAUCCUGAAGACAGUGCAGCUGAGGAAUGGGAACCUGCAGUAUGACCUCCACUAUUGGCUGGGUAACGAGUGCAGCCAGGAUGAGAGCGGGGCAGCCGCCAUCUUUACGGUUCAGCUGGAUGACUAUCUGAAUGGCCGGGCUGUGCAGCACCGUGAGGUCCAGGGCUUUGAGUCAUCCACCUUCCUCGGUUACUUCAAGUCCGGACUGAAGUACAAGAAAGGAGGCGUGGCAUCUGGAUUCAAGCAUGUGGUACCCAAUGAGGUGGUGGUGCAGAGGCUCUUCCAGGUCAAAGGACGUCGUGUAGUCCGUGCCACCGAGGUGCCUGUGUCCUGGGACAGCUUCAACAAUGGUGACUGCUUCAUUCUGGACCUCGGAAACAAUAUCUAUCAGUGGUGCGGCACCAACAGCAACAGAUUUGAAAGGCUGAAGGCCACACAGGUGUCCAAGGGCAUCCGGGACAACGAGAGGAGUGGCCGUGCCCGAGUACAUGUGUCUGAAGAGGGUGCAGAGCCAGAAGCCAUGCUCCAGGUGCUGGGUCCCAAGCCAGACCUGCCUGCAGGUACUGAGGACACAGCAAAGGAGGAUGCAGCCAACCGGAAACUGGCUAAGCUCUACAAGGUCUCCAACGGUGCAGGCAGCAUGUCAGUCUCCCUCGUGGCCGAUGAGAACCCAUUCGCCCAGGGCGCCUUGAGAACUGAGGACUGCUUCAUCCUGGACCAUGGCCGAGAUGGGAAAAUCUUUGUCUGGAAAGGCAAGCAGGCCAACACGGAAGAGCGGAAGGCUGCCCUCAGAACAGCCUCUGACUUCAUCACCAAGAUGGAGUAUCCCAGACAGACCCAGGUUUCCGUUCUCCCAGAGGGUGGAGAGACCCCACUGUUCAAGCAGUUCUUUAAGAACUGGCGGGACCCAGACCAGACAGAUGGGCCCGGCCUGGCCUACCUCUCCAGCCACAUUGCCAACGUGGAGCGGGUGCCUUUCGAUGCUGCAACACUGCACACCUCUACCGCCAUGGCUGCGCAGCAUGGCAUGGACGAUGACGGCACUGGCCAGAAGCAGAUCUGGAGAAUCGAAGGCUCCAACAAGGUACCAGUAGACCCUGCCACAUACGGGCAGUUCUAUGGAGGUGACAGCUACAUCAUUCUGUACAACUAUCGCCACGGUGGCCGCCAGGGACAGAUCAUCUACAACUGGCAGGGCGCCCAGUCUACCCAGGAUGAGGUCGCUGCGUCUGCCAUCCUGACUGCCCAGCUGGAUGAGGAGCUGGGAGGAACUCCUGUCCAGAGCCGAGUAGUCCAAGGCAAGGAACCUGCACACCUCAUGAGCUUGUUUGGUGGGAAACCUAUGAUCAUCUACAAGGGUGGCACCUCCCGAGAUGGGGGACAGACAACCCCUGCCAGUACCCGUCUCUUCCAAGUCCGAGCCAGCAGCUCUGGAGCCACCAGGGCUGUUGAGGUGAUGCCCAAGGCUGGUGCUCUGAACUCCAAUGAUGCUUUCGUGCUGAAAACCCCGUCAGCUGCCUACCUGUGGGUGGGUGCAGGAGCCAGCGAGGCAGAGAAGACCGGGGCCCAGGAGCUGCUGAGGGUGCUGCGAGCCCAGCCUGUGCAGGUGGAGGAAGGCAGAGAGCCAGAUGGCUUCUGGGAGGCUCUGGGUGGGAAGACUGUCUACCGUACUUCCCCAAGGCUGAAGGACAAGAAGAUGGAUGCCCAUCCUCCUCGCCUCUUUGCCUGCUCCAACAGGAUCGGACGCUUUGUGAUCGAAGAGGUUCCCGGCGAGCUUAUGCAGGAAGACCUGGCUACUGAUGAUGUCAUGCUCCUGGAUACCUGGGACCAAGUCUUUGUCUGGGUUGGAAAGGACUCACAGGAAGAGGAAAAGACUGAGGCCCUGACCUCUGCGAAGCGGUACAUUGAGACGGACCCAGCUAAUCGGGACAGGCGGACCCCCAUCACGGUCGUGAGGCAGGGCUUUGAGCCUCCAUCCUUUGUGGGCUGGUUCCUCGGCUGGGAUGACAGCUACUGGUCGGUGGAUCCCUUGGACAGAGCCUUGGCUGAGCUGUCUGCCUGAGUAAGGACCAGAGCCACCGGUGUCACCAGUCAGUGCCUUUGAGAAGUCCCAUCUCCCAAAGAGCUCAUACAGCAAGCAGAAAGUUAUUCUCUCUCUCUCUCUCUCUCUCUCUCUCUCUCUCUCUCUCUCUCUGUCUCUCUGUGUGUGUGUGU